AUGGCACUUAAAAGGAGUUUGCUGCAGCUGCUGCUGCUCGGAGCAGCAGCAGCCGUAACCCUAAACCCUAAACCCACCCUAAACCCUAGUAAACCCUAG